ACUCCUCUUAAAUGCUUUGGCUUAUUGUAUCUCCCAACUAGUGCCACAGCUAACACACUCCGUGGUCAAGUAAGUGUGGGAAAUGCUGAAGACUUGAGGAUUUACACUGCAGAAUAAAAACUUCAGAACACUAGAAAAUUCUGCAGUAAAAAAUGUUUUUAACUUUUCUUUAAACAUCCCCUCAUUUUUCUCCCUUUGUAGCAUAGGUAACAUUCCUAGGAGGGCUCUUUGGGAAACCUUUCUUUAGAGUCAGGAAACGUUCAUGAAUAUAAAUACCUAAUUAGGAUGCUUGGUUGAUGGAUUUCUUUCUUAUGACCAACUAUUGUAAGGUGAUUAGUUCCUGCAAAUUGCCCUUCAUGAAAGAAAGUUCACACAUAUUCUCUCACUGCCCUCCACCCAUUGUCUAGAGCCUACAACAGAAAAUUUGAUGUAUUAUGAUGUAAAUAGAAAGGUCAGUCAUGUCUAUCAAGACCAGGGCUUGUUAGAGAAGCAGAAAUGUGCCCCUUUUCCAAUGCUCUGAGUCAUCUCCCUGGGGUCAGUAACUUCCUAACUUCUGGAAAAAUAAAGGAACAGGUAACAAAGUCCUUGCCAUUUUCUGAGGAAAGGAGAGAGGGCACCCAAUGAUGAUUUCUGGAUGCUGAGAGAACUACUGACUGAUGGGGAAGGGGAAGCCCUGCCCCUACCAACCCCUGAACAGUAGUGUGGCUGCCCAGUUAGUGUCCUGGGCUCCUGGAGCUGUCUUGUUCAGCUCCCGCCAUCACUGGCAUGUGAUGCUCAUUCUAUAGAGGUCUGGUGGUAAUGACACAAAAAACCCAUAACUCAUUUGUUCAUCUUCUUGCCCCUUCAAUCUACUCUCCCCACUGCAUUCAGAGAGGUCCUUCCGAAAUACAUUCAUGUUUACCCCCCUUCCUCUGAGACCCUAUUGAAAUGGUAGUGUAAACCCAAAGUGAUGAAGAGUACAGGGUAAGGACCAUAAGCAGGUGAGAGGAUUUAAUAAACUGAAAUAAGGAGAGCAGAAAAAAUGAAGCAGUGUCUGGGGAAGCAGCUGUAAAGGGUCUGCAAAGGGUCAGCUGAGGAAGGAGAGCAGAGGACAUGGUGUCAUUACUGAGGAGAAAGAUAUGGAAACCAUUGCAGACAAAGGGGUAGGCAGCUGCAGAAGGAGCCACCUGCAGAACCCAAGAGAGGCUCAGAACUUGGCAACUCCAAGUAUUACCAAAGGCAGGAAUUAAAAAGGGGGUCAAAAACAGGGAGGAUCCUUGAAAAUCUGCAUAAGGAAGAGUCAACCCCUCUACCGACUUUGUCAUCCCACAGGGAGAUGUUGAACAUUCAGAUGUCUACUUGGUAGGCAAAAAGCAAAUACUUGCAAAAUAUAUUGUUAUUAGCUGAAUUGGGUCUUGCCCAACAUUUGUAUGUCAGAGUUUUGGUCCCCAGUACCUCAGAAAAUGACUGUAUUUAGAGACAGGGCCCUUAAAGAGAUAAUUAAGGUAAAAUGAGGUUGUAUAGGUGAUUAAUCCAAUACUGGUGUCCUUUUAAGAAGAGAAGAUUAAGACACAGACAUGCACAGAGGAAAGGUCAUGUGAAGGCACAGGAAGAGGACGGUCCUCUGCAAGCCAAGGAGAGAGGCCUCAGAAGAAAUCAACCUUGAUGUUGGACUUCUAGCCUCCAGUAGUGUGAGAAAGAAAAUUUUUGUUGUUUAAACCACCGAGUCUGUGCACUUUGGUCUCGUAGCCCUAACACAUUAAUACCUGUAUUUUCCUUAAUGGAAACUGAACAGUUCCAGAGAAAAGUUCUCUGUAAUGUGAAAUUUUAUGGGUAUCUCCUAAUGACUGCUUCACUAUCUGAUCACACAAAAAGGAGGGCUGCUUGGAGACAGGGUCCUUGUCCUUCACAGAGAGUUUCCAUUCAGUUUUGCAUUGCCUAAUUCUUAAAUAUGAGAAUACAACUCUUCACACAUAGGGUUAUCUCAAGAGAUUUAGGGGAAGUCUCCAACAUAAAAUAGAGGAACCAAGAUAAAUACAAAGAAUUACCGAAUCACCUAUCCAAAAUAGCUAGAGAAGUCACUUAACCUCUCUGGUUCUCAUUAAAACCAAAUGACCUCUUCCAAGUCGUUUCUCAGUGAUUUGAUGAGAUCUAACUUCUGGCAAAAUUGUGGGGAGUUAGCAGCUCCUCCUCCCCCUCCCCCUCCAGGAUCUAGGCAUUUUGUUCCUCAGCCCUAGUCAGAGCCACUUUGCCUAACCAACUACCUACUGUAGAAAAAUCUCACAGUAAGAAUAAAACAGUGAUGAGAGAGCCAGCCUGGAACAACGUCCUCCAUAUGUCCCAAGAAGAGAGAGAUGUGAAGAGAUUUGGGGUUAGUCAAAGCCUAGAAUAUGUUGUAUCUUCUCUGGAGAAUGCUCUCAGUCCUCCCCAGCUACACCCAUGGUCUUAUCCCUUUCCUAGUUCUUCCUGUAUAUCCAUUUACCUGAAUUUCCCCUUCCAAAUCUACUGUCACCUCCUUGUUGAUAUCUAAGCUGAAAUAUGCCAGUGGGAAUAGAGGAGGGUUCAUCUCUUACCAACAUAAAACAAUUUUCUUCUAAAAGCUGAACCAGUUACCAUAAUAAUGAUCCAUUAACAACUCUGAGCUUCCCCAGAAGACACAUUUCUUUCUCUGUUCUCUUAUGUCAAAAGUACAUUCCAUGGAGCAAUGUUCCAGUUAGGGGCUGAUUAAUCUAAAAACUGCCAGAAUUUCUCUUUCUAUCUUUCUUUGUUUCUAAGAGCAGUUGUGGAUUGGUAUAGACCCAAAAUAGAAGUUGAAAUAUGCCUUGCAUCACUUGUCAUGUUAGCUACAAAGGAAACAGCAGAGGUAACCAGAAAUGAGGAACAGGAAAUUUCUGAUAAACAACUCUGAUGGUUAUCUAGAAGCUGAAUUGAAUCAUAGACACCAGAGUUUGGAAUUGCAUUUUGAAUUACAGAAUUAGAGGUAAGUGCCUCCCACCUAUACAAUAGUGUCAACUUAUUUCAAAAUUUGAGUGUGGUUUUGUAGGCAUUCCAUUCUGUAGUAGUGCUGGAGAGCAUUUAUUUAUCAGGAUCCCCUGCAGCACAUUUGAAUUUGGAAAAGGAAAUGAUUAAAACAACAAUAACAACCCGGGUGCUCCUGAAAUGGACACUAUCAUGAAUGUUAAUAAUAUUUGGAAGUAAUAUGAAUGAGGUUAUCUUUUUACGGGCUCAGUAUUCAUCAGUGAAAACAUACAACUGAUGAAUUCAGUCCUAUAAUCAAGCAGUUUAAGCCUUUACCAAUAUAGACUGGGAGAUUAGAAUGCAUGCUUCUGUCAUGGGUUUGCACUGAGUAGACAGAUGACGAUUGUUUAACUCAUGCACCUCUCACUGGUCCUUUCUUUCUCUAAUCUGGGAACAGAAAAAUCCACAAUUAAUUUCAGAUUCUGAGAUCAGAGACAAAGGAGGAACAGUGAGGUUCUGGGAGAACUUAAAAUCUUUGCUCUACCCCUGACUGACUCUGGUUUGUGCCCCUUCAUCGUGAAAAUAGCUCUUGCAUCAUUUUAAAAACUUGAGCAGUGUUUCAAAAGAUUUAUCGGUCUUGCCUUUUCAGUCUCAUAAUUCCUUUGUUUGUUCUUGAGAGGAAAAAGCAGAUAGAGGCUUAAAAGCUGGAUGUCCCUGCACUCCCAUCUCCUUGUUCUUUAUUCUUAUCCAGCCAGAAAGGUGACGGGACACUUUGCCUCUAGCAAAGGGAUAUUUUCAGAUACUGAGUUGCUGCCUGAGACAACUGGUCAGAGAAGUGAGAAGGGAGAGGAAAGGGGAGGAUCCAGAGUCACCUCUAUAACUGAUUGCUGCUUUCCCCACAGGACUGUGUGUUGAUAGACAGAAUUCCGUCGCACUUUCCCCAUCCUCUCCCUUCCCAUUCACUGUCUCUUUUCUGACCUUUGGUUUGGCCUUUCGUAGUAAGAGGUCAAAUCUCUUGGGAAAUCUCAUUCAAGAAUUUUUGUCAAUGGACAAGUCAUAAGAAGCCCUUCCAUUUUAGGGCUCGUUGACGUCACCAAGGAGGCGAUAAAUAUCUGUUGAUAUAAUUGGAUGUGAGAUUCAGUGUUGAGAUAGCAAAAAUUCUGCCCCUCGUUCCCUGGCAGGGCCCUAUGAUUUAUGCAGGAGCAGAGGCAGCACGCAAUCGAGCUGUCAAGAGAGCGUCAGCUUAUUAGGCAAAUGCUGCGUGGUUUCUGAAGAGGGUCGACGCUAUAAAAUCCCACUCCAGGCUCUGGUGUGGAGAAACUCAGAGCCCAAGUCCUUUGAGAGACUGAACAGAAAGAGAAGAGGGAGAGAAAAAGAGAGUGGGAACAAAGAGAAGAGAAGAAAAUCCCCUGAAAAAGCCCCGGAGACGUUCCUCUGCAGAGAAUCGCAGCGCCUGGCUCACCUGCAGAAGCGCCUCAGAAGCGCCUCUGACAUGCGGCUGCCGCUGCUCCUGUCCGCGGGCGUCCUGCUGGUGGCUCUCCUGCCCUGCCCUCCAUGCAGGGCCCUCCUCAGCCGGGGGCCCGUCCUGGGGGCCCGGCAGGCUUCGCAGCACCCCCAGCCCCUCGAUUUCUUUCAGCCGCCGCCGCAGCCCCAACAGCCCCAGCAGCCGCAGGCUCGGCCCGUCCUGCUCCGCCUGGGGGAGGAAUACUUCCUCCGCCUGGGUAACCUCAAUAAGAGCCCCGCUGCCCCCUUGUCGCCCGCCUCCUCGCCUCUCGCCGGCAGCCGCCUUUCGCCGGACGAGGUGGCGGCCAACUUUUUCCGCGCGUUGCUGCAGCAGCUGCCGCUGUCCCGGCGCCCGCUCGACAGCCCUGCGCAGCCGGCGGAGCGCGGUGCCGAGAAUGCCCUCGGCGGCCGCCAGGAGGCACCGGAGAGGGAGAGGCGAUCCGAGGAACCUCCCAUCUCGCUGGAUCUCACCUUCCACCUCCUCCGAGAAGUCUUGGAAAUGGCCAGGGCUGAACAGUUAGCACAGCAAGCUCACAGCAACAGGAAACUGAUGGAGAUUAUUGGGAAGUAAAGCGGUGCGUUUGGCCAAAAAGAUUCUGCAUUUAGCACAAAAAAUAAAAAUAAAAAAUAAAAAAGAAUACGGUAUUCUGUACCAUAGCGUUGCUCUGAUACCAUUUGUUUAUUUUUAUAUAGCUUGAGAUGCCCACACUCCUUAAAUAGCAUGCACAAAGUGUAUUCACCUGCAGUAACAGCAACAAAAUGUAAUUUGUAUUGUCUACUUUUAGUUUCUAUUUCCAGGUGUCUUUAACGGUGUUUCAAAGAGAGUAUAGACCCAGGGGGAAACAUUUUGAAGAAGGAGACAAGUCACCCGUUGAUUUGGUUGUGGUUUGAGCCAAAGAGAUUGUCAUUCUCUUGGGUACGUGAGAAAAAGAUCUGUCGGCUCUUUGAAUCAACUUUUCCUUGUAAAUGUUUCCGUAAUAAAACAUCUUUCCUCUUGGUCAAUGUGAUUGUGUAAGAGAAUGUUGAAUAUUUAUAUUUCUAAUAAAAGCUGCAAAGGUAA